UAUCCAUCGAAAUGUUGAACUUCGGGUUUCUUUCGCUCCUGCUUAUCACACUCCACGUGGUGGUAUCUUCAAAUGAGCAGCUCAAUCUGGAACCAUCUCGGUACUGCGCUGUGCCCGAGAAUGGUACAGUCGCCCCCGAGUUCAAGGAUACUUGUCGCCAAGAGACAAACACGGAUCGACAGAGGCUAGUCAAGGAAAUCGACAAUAUCCACCAAAAGCUUAAUACGCUUAUGGCAACCACUAUACCGCUCAACAGUGCAUUUCAAGCUGUGAUCAACAAGGCAUCUAAUCUCGAGACAUCCUUAGAGUCUACAUUGAAGCAAAUAAAGAAAAUGCGCCAAAGUGUGAUGAUUGCUGCGAUUGGCGCUGGUAGAAUAGCAGAAGCCAUUGCACAAUACCUGAAAAGCGGUUCCUGGCAGGACAAGGCUACGAUUAUCGAAAGGAUAUACUCGCAUCCCAGCAAAUCUAGGCGCCACAUUGUCAAUCUUCUGCAAUUCAUUCGGGCUCUACCCAUUCGUACGGAGCGAGUAGAGUUCUACUAUCUGCUCAAGGAUGCUCUGAUAAAAAAGAAUGAGCACGAAGGCUAUCUCGGUGCCCUGUUUGUUUAUGAUGUUCACCAGGUAGCGUUCGAACACGAUGGAGAGACAGUGCUGGACGCUAAGGCUGAACGAGAGCUGUGGUCUGUGAUGCUGAAUGCGACUGUUGCGUAUUUCAAACGCGCGUUCCUGGUGGGCAACAACCGCGAGGAAUUGAUCGCUCUCGAUCGGUAUCACUUUUCGGUAUUUAAUAUGCUGUUUUUUAAAAUUACAAAAAUAACGACGGAAGAUCUGCGAAAGUUCGAUGCUGCCAGGAUGAUUGAGCUACCAUGUCUGAUGUACGAUAGUUACUCGAAGAUUCUUUUUUACCGAAAGACGAUUCAGGUGCUAACGAAACAUUUCAAAUGGGCGGAUCAUAACCAUCUCGUUGCACCGAAAUUGGCUGGUCUGUUCAACAGCUGUAUGCCGGAAAUACGUAAGGAUGAUAAACACGACGCGGUGCUUCUACAGCAAACCAAGCAACUUUUUAUGACUUUUAAGGACGGUGAAAAUUUUGAAUCUUUACUGAAGAAAAAUGUCGACAAGUAAAAGUCUUUCGAAAUACUGCAGGAAUUUCAUGAUGUAUUGAAUUGAAGCAGACUAAGUAGCUGCACUUAAAAAAGAAAAGAGAAAAGAACUUGGCAUUGAUAAAGAUAUAGGAGUUUCGAUUUCGUUCAUUUCGCAAUAUUUCUUAGGCAAAUAAAACACAUGUUAUACUACA